CUGGUAUCUUUGGAGAUGGGAGUGCAGGAUCCUCAGCAUGAGAAGAUAAUAACUGUGACUUCUAAUGGAAGUAUUCACAGCCCCAAGUUUCCACACACAUACCCACGCAAUACUGUACUAGUGUGGAGACUAGUAGCAGUAGAUGAAAAUGUAUGGAUACAGCUUACUUUUGAUGAAAGAUUUGGGCUUGAGGACCCAGAAGAUGACAUUUGCAAGUAUGACUUUGUAGAAGUUGAAGAACCUAGUGAUGGCACUGUUUUAGGGCGCUGGUGUGGUUCCAGUAGUGUGCCAAGCAGACAAAUCUCCAAAGGAAACCAGAUCAGAAUAAGAUUUGUGUCUGAUGAAUAUUUUCCUUCUCAACCUGGAUUCUGCAUCCAUUAUACCCUUCUUGUGCCACACCACACAGAAGCACCUAGCCCACCAUCACUACCCCCAUCAGCUUUGCCAUUAGAUGUACUAAACAAUGCUGUUGCUGGAUUUAGUACUGUGGAAGAACUUAUCCGGUACCUGGAGCCAGAUCGGUGGCAGCUGGAUUUGGAAGACUUGUACAGGCCAACGUGGCAACUUCUUGGAAAGGCAUAUAUUCAUGGGAGAAAAUCAAGAGUGGUUGAUCUCAACUUGCUAAAGGAAGAAGUGCGGCUGUAUAGUUGCACUCCUCGCAACUUCUCAGUCUCACUGAGGGAGGAGCUGAAGCGAACUGACACCAUUUUCUGGCCACUGUGUCUUCUGGUUAAGCGUUGUGGUGGAAACUGUGCCUGUUGUCAUCAGAACUGCAAUGAGUGCCAGUGUAUACCUACAAAAGUCACCAAAAAAUACCACGAGGUUCUUCAGCUGAAGCCAAGGAGUGGUGUCCGGGGACUGCAUAAAUCACUGACAGAUGUACCCUUGGAACACCACGAGGAGUGUGACUGUGUAUGCAAAGGGAAUACUGAAGGAUAAACAUGAUUUAAUUGUGCUGUUUUCUUUGAAGCACGUUCAAUCCUUGCUGAUUCUAUUAUGGGGCUUGUGCAUUAUCUCCUUCUGUAAUCUCAGUUGUUUGCUUUGGGGAACUUCCAUCUUCAAGAUUUACAGUGAGCUCUAAAGAGAGGAGAAGCAAAACUGGGAUUAUGUGAUGUAUGACAGCUCUGUUUGGAGGCCCAGUGAAAGGAUGGGAGAAAGGCAUCAAUGAGAGAUUUAAAAUACAUGUAUUUGUUUUGUCCCCUACAGUUUUCUUGACAAUACAUGGAUUUAUAAUUUAGGAGUAAAAAUAAAGUUAGAAGGCUCGCAUCAUGGAGACUCGAUCCUGCUGGCUGUUUCAUUUCUACAGCUCCAGAACAUCUGGCCUCUGGCUGAAAACAUCUGAAAUCUUUCUUUCUGUGUUCAACUACUCCUAUGUACUCAAAGCAUUUUCUGUUUUAUAAAUUUGGUUUAUACCAGACUGUCUUGUUCUGAAUUAAACUUAAUUUGUCUAACGCUGGUAGGAAAGACUGGAUUUUUCCAUAUGCUCUAGCAAAGCUCCUGCCUUUUAGAAAGAAGACUGGACAAUAACGUGAGCUAAGGAAGAAAACGUUGAAAAGAACAAUGCCUUUAUUCUUAAUACUAUGGCCGAUGAUUUUUUGUUUGUUUGUUAUUUUUAUUGUGUACAUUUUUAUACUCUCCUUUUGACAAUAUAACUAUUUGCUUUUCUAAACUUGUUAAAUAUAUCUAUUUUUACCAAAGGUAUUUAAUAUUCUUUUUUAUUACAAUCUAGAUCAACUAUUUUUUAGUUUUAUGAAACUUUAAAGACGGAUUUGUACAGCUGGAGGAACGUAGAAGAGAUUACAAUGGGAUAGGAGCACUAUAUUUUUACUUUGUUGCUACACAGUGAAAAAGUACUUUUUUUUUUUUUUAACCUGCAAGCACAG